AAUAAGUUAUGAGUUGUCUUGAACAAAGGAUCACAAAGGAAUACCAAAGCUUUCGUGUUGGCAACAUCGAGACGCCUUAGGAAAGGAUAUUACCGAAAGCAAAAGGAUGGACAAGAGACUGCUGAGUAUCGGGCUACUUCUUGCACUGGUUUUUAUCCUCUCAACAUGGACUUCUGAAGCGAAACAUCACAGACAUCACCAUCUUAAAAACAUACUUCGACACAAAAUUCAAAAACACGAAACGGACAAGAAAGUGAAAGCCAAAGCAGAAGAUAAAGCAGAGGAUAAACCAGAAGAAGAUGCAAGUGGAAGUGGAAUCGAAAAGGAUGAUGGGCCGGAUUCUGAAGAAGAUGAUAAAGACGAUGAGGAAACCAGAGAAGAGAAUUUGAGAGAUGAAGAAGAAACCAGAGAGAAGGAAGAAGCAGAGAGAACGUCCAAGAAAAAAUUGCACGAUGAAAUCGAAGCCGAUAAAGGAUCUCUCAGGGAACUUCUAGACUCAAGUAUAGAAAACCUUGCCAAGGCAGGAAAAGCGAUUCAGGCUAUCUUGGACGCUACAGGAAAAAACAAAGUGAGCCAAACUUGUCCUGGAACAUGCCCGGAUGUGUGCGCACCCGGAUGUAUCUCGACCUGUUGCAAUCCAACGACAAGUCCUAUGGCUCAAACUGCAGCCCAAGCUCCUUACCCUAGUGCUUAUCAACCUGACCCAUACCAAUAUGCCGCAGCUCAACAACAGUACAGCCAGUAUGGUCAGCUACCACAGGCUGCACAAGCAGCACAGGUUCCUCAGGCCCUCCCAGCUCCACAGACACCCCAAUACCCUCAGCAACCAUCAGCACAGCAGUGUCCACAGCAGUGCUCUGUGAUCCCAUGUCCUAGCGCCUGCCCACAAAGCUGCUGCAGUGCCCAGCCACAGUACCCUCCGCCGGCUCAACAAGCGAUGAGUGCACCAAAUUUUCUGGUCCUUCCUCCCGCCCCAAAGAAACCAAACAACACCCAGUCGUCCAGCUGUGCUUCACCAUGCUCUCAAUCGUGCGCUCCUUCUUGUCUCCCAAGCUGCUGCUCCCCCUCCAUGGGCAUGCAAAUGGCAAUGCCUUAUCCACAGCAACCACCGAUGAUGCCCCAAAUGCCUCCGAUGCCUCAGAUGCAACAGCAAAUGCCACAACAAGCAUGCCCACAAGCGUGCCAACCCGCUGCACCCGGUGGAUGUGCACCACAGGCUCAAUGCCCGCAGCAGUGUUGCCCAAAAGGGCGCAGAUGAAUUUCUGUUUGACGUCAACAAUAUCCACUCAUAAAAAGUAAUAAAAUGAAAAAGAAUUGAAUCAUAUUUCUAAGAAAGGUAAACCGUUGGAUUUCGGGGUAACGCCUGAGGCGUUCAAAGAAUGUGUAGCUAUAGGAGCGCCUGUGUGGAUUUUUGGCUUGUGUUCUUAGGUACGUGAUGUACAAAAAAACUAUUUGCUUUAAGAGUUAUUUCAUCAUUAGAGCCCUUUAUGCGAUAUUAGAUUGGUUAGUUUAAGUAUCAAACGUAUGCAAAAACGGAAAACACCAAAAUUUAUUUCGACAUUGCUCAGUCCCUGGUUCUUCUUAGAUUAAAUUUGUAUCAAAAAUAAUCGAAAAUAUCCAGUUUAUGCAAACCUUUCAAAUUAAGUGUACAAACAGCUGAAAUAAGACUAACAGAAGUUUCAUUUUUGCCUUUUAUCAUUUGCUGCCUGCCGAAAGAGUCGUCCUUAACCUCUCUCAUGGGCAAAUUAGUCUUCACAUAAUUCCUGGCCAUAGAAAAAGUGCCAGACAUCUAUAGAUAUUGAAUUUAUAUAACCGGUAAAAUGCUCAUUUCUAGACCCGUUUGUGCAAAGAAUGCUGUCAUCACAAUAUAUGAAAAGUAACAAGCAUCCUUACGAGGCCCUCUACGAUAUUCUUAAAGAGUAAGAUCUUGUGAUCGGGUAAUAUAUCAACUACGUUAUAUGUCUCAUGCGUCUAUUUUUCAUUCUGGUCGUACAUUUUUGUUUUGUAUUUAUUCUCAGAAAUGUGAAAAGGUUUUCGUGGCCUUGUGUCAAUGAAACUACAGCACCGUAAAAAAAAGUAUUAAUUUUAGAAAGUCUUCACCAAAUAAAUUGUCAUGAACAUACCAUGACCCCUGUUUAGGGAAAGUAUCACAAUUUCAAUUCUAAACAUGCCAUGUUUUAAUAAACAAUGUUUCAGUCAAA